CACAGAGACAGAGAGGAGUAGUCCACCCACCACAGAGACAGAGAGGACUAGUCCACCCACCACAGAGACAGAGAGGAGUAGUCCACCCACCACAGAGGCAGAGAGGACUAGUCCACCCACCACAGAGGCAGAGAGGACUAGUCCACCCACCACAGGGAAGGUCCAUUCAGCCAGUCCAUGUGUGGGUAUCCCCAACGGACCUGACACAAAGACCCAGCCUCAGACCUUUCUCAGGGCUACAAAGACUCAUGUUGAGGCAUGCGGAUCAUGUGCCCACUGCCAGGAAGAGCACAAGGUGUGUGUCACAACCAGAAACUCAGCAGAGCCACCUGAACCGUCGGGGACAGAGGAGACGGUGAAUGGGUUCUGUUCAAUUAUGUCUUCCGUGGAGGCUGGACAUCCUUUUGAGGUGGGACUUCCUGUAGAGGUGGGACUUCCUCCCUUGCAAGACACCCGUGGGCCCAUACCUCUUUCCAACAUCCUGUCACCUGAUCUGUCUCUCUCACCAUCGCAAAACAGGAAGGGGAUCAACCAAUUGGAAUCCCAGUUAGCCUCACCGGUCCCAGCUCCUGGGCUGGGCGUUGAAGGAAUGACAGAGAUACGAACACAGAGCGUUAGUUCACGACCACUGAAGAACGAUGCCGUUCAAACCCAGGGCCUAAUCCCUGAGCUCCAGGACCAGAGGGGCUCCAGCACAGAGACACCCAGGGACAAUGAGCCCUCACCUGGGGAGAGUACGAGGGAUGAGGGCUGGCUGGGGGAAGGUUACACCUCCGUAGAGCUCCAGCCUGCUUCUGCUCAUCCCCAGUCUGACGCUGUGGGGUGGAGUGAGGAAUGCCUGCCCACCCACCCACGCUCCCUCCCCCACAUAGACUGGCCGCCUCUCUCUGACAGGUCAGGAUCAGAAGACUCAGAACACUCACAGCUGUUAUCAAAGACCUCGACAAGAGAGGACAGGACAGGACCAACCCAUUCCCUGUCUGGGGUGAGAGAGGAGGAGGAGGAGAAAGAAGAAGAUUGUCAUGUUUACAGUCAACAGGAACAGGCAGUAGAAAGCACAUCCUGCCCUGAAUCAGCACAGCCAAACACUGUUAAAACAGCAGAGUUCUCUGACCAUACAGACACUGACUCUGUUGGGUAUGUUGGGCUGUCAAGCACAGAGGAGACAGAGGAUGCUAUAUUCCCCAACAGUCCUACAGGAAUCUUCGUAGAGAUCACUAGUGAUCUGUAUGUUGAUCUCUGCACACAGGGUGUUUCUAGUGAAAUGGGCCAAGGGUCAAACCAACCUACAGAGACUGAGCCUCUUCAGGGAGACAGCACAGAACCACCUGCCUUAGAUCAGGAGACUGUACCACUGAGAAGGAUAGAGAUAAUUGUGGGAACAGACUUUUCUGUUACCAUAGGAACAGACUCUCCUGUUACCGUGGGAACAGACUCUCCUGUUACCGUGGGAACAGACUCUCCUGUUACCGUGGGAACAGACUCUCCUGUUACCGUGGGAACAGACUCUCCUGUUACCGUGGGAACAGACUCUCCUGUUACCGUGGGAACAGACUCUCCUGUGUGUAAAGAACAAGUCCAUAGCCGCCGGGAUCACCUAGAGAUCCACCACAGGAUCCCUGAGUCUCCCUCUCCCUGCCCUGUGCCACCCUCAAUCAUUUCUCUGUCCUCCCUCUCUGACUCCAACAACCACACCAAGGCCAGUGAAAGGUUGUGGUCAGGGUCUCUCUGUAUGAGGGGUCAGAUGCCAGAGCAGUGGUCCUCUGAGGUAGAGAUAAAGGUAGCCCACCAGAGCAGGUCAAAGGAGUGUGGGGAUAAAACUGAUGGGGAGUCCCCUUCCCUGACCGAGCCCGCAACAUUAACCUCGAAAUUCCUGGGGGAGACCAAUGACACCCUGGACAGCGCUCUUGAAGACCCCCCUGAGGAUUCUGAGAAGUUCCUGUCCCUCGUGGACUACCACCCUUCCUGGUGCAGUGAUGACUCAGCCGUGUCCUGGCUGGAGGAUGAGUAUCCCUUCAGCCUGGCUGAGGUGGAAGAGCUGGAGAGGCUUCAGAGAGAGGGUUACAGAGACGCCCCUAAUCAGAACCAUACAGACUGGAGAGGAGACAUCUCUAACCAUACAGACACUACAGACUGGAGAGGAGACAUCUCUAACCAUACAGACACUACAGGGUGUAGGGAGGCUAAUUGUGCUGCAAACAGUACAACAGGCCUCUCUGAACCCUUAUCUUCCUACCUGGAGACCAGAAGCCUGCUAUUGGACAGUGCUGAGAAGGAGAAGGGCCAGCAGCCCAUUCCCCACCAAUCCCCCAAGCCUCCCUGGGACAGAGACAGACAGGAGUGUAGCAACUCACCUGAGACUUUAGGAUUAGAGGACAGUUGGUUUACUGAGGAGGACAGCUCAUACAGAUCCUCCCUCCAGACCAGCCCUCACCCUACCCUCCUGCAGCAGGAUCGUGAGGUGAGGAUCGUGAGGUACCCCUAUCCCGGCGUCAGUCUCAACCUGCUCUCACUUACUAGCCUGGAAACCAUCCUAGAGGCUGAUCCCGACCACUUCCUGGACAACUCUGGGACAGUGGAAGAUGAGACUGGGGAUGAGGAGGAAGAUAAGGAGUGGAGAAAGAUUGUUAGGAUAAGGCCCACUGAGGAGGACCGAGGCACCGUUCUUCUGUCUGGUGACAUCAUCAUAUCCUAUGUGCCCACUUUCAGCAUGUCGUCGUGUCGCCCUGAGGACUUGUCCAGUAUCGAGUCGCCAGAGCACCAGCUGGUCUUGUCGACCUUUGACCCCGAUGACCCCAGGGUCAUGACCUUACCACACGACAAUGACACCUCGGGCAGCGAGAGAUGCUCCAGUCCCACCCCCACCUCUGUGUCCUACGAUUUUGACACCACCAGCACUAACAGUGAGGAGACGGAAGAGUCCAUCCUGCCUGUCUCGGGGGGGAACGCCAACCUCCACAAACCCAUGAAGAGCAAGUCUAAAGGAGGCCGGGCGGGGAGCACCAAGAGCUCCAAGUUCUCAGUCUUCUCCAAGAUGCCUUCCUUCAGGAAGAAGAACAGUCUGAAGAACACCAAGGUGGACAGCUCGCCCAGGGACUCACCCGACCUGGGCCUGGGAAGGGAGCUGGGGGGAGACACCUCAGACAACGACAGUGUCUUUUUGACGGUCCAGCAGGCCUUCUCCUCUGGUCCAGUGGGUUGCUACGAGACAGAGGAGGAGGACUACAGCUUCUUCCCCUCCACACCUCGCACCCGCCUGCUCUUCAUGGAGGAGCCCAGCAGCCCAGACACCCCUCUGAUCUCCCAGCCCGGAGGUCUCAGACACAAUCAGACUGGGGCCCCCGAGGACCUGCACGGCUACAAGAGGAGCAAGAGCUCUGACAGCCUCAACCUCCGAAUGCGCUUCGCCCAGGCCCACAAGUCCUUAUCCAGCCUGUUUGAGUCUCGCUCUAUGGAUAAGGAGAACGAGGAGGAGCAGGGAAGCGUUGAGACAGGGAGUGAAGGGAAGGUGGUGCGGGCCAAACAGUCCUGGAGGAGGCUGAGGGCCAAAGAGGCUGAGCUGGUGAGGAGGACUCUGUCUGUCCCGGUCGAGGAUGGGGUUGAGGGAGAGGACGGUGGGGGUUUGAGGUCGCCCAGACAGAUCCACAGAGACUAUGCAUCCUGCUCGGCCUCAGGCUCAGUGCUCAGUGUCCCUGGGUCCCCGUCUUCUCUCAGGGCUCUGAAUCUCACCGACCACUUCACCAAGAAAGGCCUACAGGACAGUCAAAGAAGGUCCGGGGCCAACACCCCACAGGGCUGCAAGUUGGAUGGCGAGAGGAGGAAAGGGAAAGUCCCGCCCAAAGAUCUGUCAAUCAACUUCUCAGACUCCAGACCGCCGUACUCGCAAGACUCUGAGGCUCCGCCCGCAAAUGAAUCCAGCCCCCUGUCGCCCAUGAGCCCCGCCUCCCUGGCUGCAUUAUCCAAUCAGCUGUCCUGGGCCCCAGGGGGAGGCUAUGAGAGCAAAGAGUCUAGCAUGGUAGCUACACCAGAUACCCCAGUGAGCCCCAAGCCCCACAGCCCCAGACCUGCUGCCCAGCACAGGUCUAUCUGCUACCCCCCCACUGUCUCUGCCCGGGCCUCAGUCCUUUCCCUGCUCUUCAUGGGCCAGUCAGCCAGUGUUGAGGGCCUGUCUGACCCGCCAGUGAAGCCCAAGACCCUGAAGCCCCGAGCUGGGCCGUUAGACUCCUCCUCCCUCAGUCCAUUGGAGGAAAGAGAAGUGGACAGUCUGCUUACACCCAUGUUCUUCAAACAGUUUGAGACCAGUCAGGAUGGAUGUAGACCCUGCAGCCAGACAGGGGGAGGAGGGAAGAGGUUAUCAGAGCUGAAGACUCCUGGGCCUUCACCGGAUACUACUGCCUUAGCCCUCAGACCAGCACUAGGCCACAGGCCAGACAGGGAUCCGAGACGCCACCGCUGCUGCUCAGAUGACCUGUGGAUGGAAGAGGAAACCAGACGGAAGCGGAGGCUGACCCGAGGGAUGAGGGAAAGCCUGGGACGACUCAACACACACUGUCCUGAAGAGCUCAACAAAUCGCAUGCUUCAGUGUCCCUGUCGACCAUGGAGGCAUUCUCUGGGAUGAUCCUGAAGUCCCACUGCUUCUCCCAGAGCACCCCCAUCGGUCUGGACUGUCUGGGCUGGAGACGACGCAUCUCCUACCCCUUACCAGACGGGGGUGGAGAGAAGACCAGUCUGGGGCUGAGUGAUGAUCUAGGCAGUGACGAGGACCUGUUUGAAGAGUUCCGCAGCUCCAGACAUCACUUUGGACACCCAGGGGGAGGUGGGGAACAACUGGCCAUUAAUGAGCUGAUUAGUGAUGGCAGCUGUGUGUACGCCGAGGCGCUGUGGGACCAUGUCACUAUGGACGACCAGGAGCUGGGCUUCAAGGCGGGGGAUGUCAUUGAGGUAGUGGAUGCCACCAACAAAGAGUGGUGGUGGGGACGCAUUCUGGACAGUGAGGGCUGGUUCCCAGCGAGCUUCGUCCGGUUGCGUGUGAACCAGGAUGAGCCUAUGGAGGAGUACUUAGCCCAGCUGGAGAAGCCUGGGGCUGGGGAGAAUGACCAGCCAGGCGUGGGCCUGUUUCUGGGACCAGGCCUGCCUUGUAAGGAACAGAUGAGGACUAAUGUCAUCAAUGAGAUCAUGAUCACAGAGAGAGACUACAUCAAACACCUCAAAGACAUCUGUGAGGGUUACAUCAAGCAGUGUCGUAAGAGGAUAGACAUGUUCACAGAGGAGCAGCUGCUGUGUAUCUUCGGGAACAUCGAGGACAUCUACCGCUUCCAGAAGAAGUUCCUGAAAGGUCUGGAGAAGAGGUUCAACAAGGAGCAGCCGCACCUCAGCGAGAUCGGAUCCUGCUUCCUGGAACAUCAAACAGACUUCCAGAUCUACUCGGAGUACUGUAACAACCACCCCAACGCCUGUGUGCAGUUGUCCAGGCGGAUGAAGACCAACAAGUACGUUUUCUUCUUCGAAGCUUGUCGUCUGCUGCAGAAGAUGAUUGACAUCUCGCUGGAUGGGUUCCUGCUCACGCCCGUUCAGAAGAUCUGCAAGUACCCUCUGCAGCUGGCCGAGCUACUGAAAUACACCAACCCCCAGCACAGGGACUAUAGGGACGUGGAGGCUGCCUUGAACGCCAUGAAGAACGUGGCCAGGCUGAUCAACGAGAGGAAGCGACGCCUGGAGAACAUCGACAAGAUCGCCCAAUGGCAGUGCUCCAUAGAGGACUGGGAGGGAGAAGAUAUCCUCAGUAAAAGUUCAGAUCUGAUCUUCUCUGGAGAGCUGACCAAGAUCUCCCAGCCUCAGGCUAGGAGCCAGCAGCGCAUGUUCUUCCUCUUCGACCACCAGAUGGUCUACUGCAAAAAGGACCUCCUGCGCAGGGACAUGCUGUACUAUAAGGGUCGUAUGGACAUGGACCAGAUGGAGGUGGUGGAUGUGGAGGACGGGAAGGAGAAGGACUUCAACGUGUCGGUGAAGAACGCUCUGAAACUGUGCUCGCUGGCGGGUGACGAGGUCCACCUGCUGUGUGCCAAGAAGCCUGAGCAGAAACAACGCUGGGUCCGAGCCUUCCAGGACGAGAGGAGGCAGGUGCAGCACGACCGCGAGACAGGAUUCUCUAUCACUGAGGUCCAGAAGAAACAGGCCAUGCUCAACGCCUGCAAAAGCCAUCCAGCUGGGAAGCCCAAAGCGGUGACACGGCCAUAUUGUGACUUCCUGCUCCGUCAGAAGCAGCCAUCUCUGCCCAGCAGCGUUCCCCAGCAGCAGGUCUUCAUGCUGGCUGAGCCCAAACGAAAGGCAACCACCUUCUGGCAAAACAUCGGCAGACUGACGCCUUUCAAGAAGUGAACCGCCAACGGAGAGGAGAGCUCUCUGCUCGUGCCUGAACUGAACUUUUUAUGCCAGAUGCUCUUUUUUUAUUGUUAUAUAUGUAUAUAUACAUAAUCCUAUCCUAAUUGAAAUAGUGAUAUCGUGAAAGAUUAUUACGAUGAUAUUUUUUUCUUUGGAGAAAGGACUUUAUAGGUUGGUUACAGUGAGACUUGGGAAUGGUUCUUCCGGACAUUGUGUGUGUGUAUAUACACGUUGGGAGACCGUCACGAGGACUGUUAUACCUGCUACUGCAACCAACAACCGAUUGGUUCCACUACUGCUGCGUGAUCAUGUGACUGACUGCCAGUGAAGCUCCUCUUUAUGAAAGACGUUGCCUGGCGACAGCAAAAUGUGACAUUUCCCCCCCCCCCAUUGUUUUUGUUUUCCGACUAAAUGCCAACUGUUCACAAUGCCAGAAACAUGUUACUUUUGCAUUUAAGUUUCUUUCUGAAAAAACAAAAAGGUGAAAAUUGUGAUAAACGUUUAUUGUACUUCUUUCUGUACAAAAAAAUGACAAAAAAAAUGUUUCCCUGGUUUAUUUUAAUUAUUUAAUAAGAGUUGAUAGUUCACACGCCUAACCUUUGAACUUUCCCAAACUCGGUCCUCAAGGGGUGCACAUUUUGUUUUUUGCCCCUAAAACUACACAGCUGAUUCAAAUGGUCAAAGCUGAUUGAUUAUCUGAAUCAGUGGUGUAGUGCUAGGGGGAACAAAAACGAAACAUGUACCCCUUGAGGACUGAGUUUGGGAUCCCUGCCUUACCCUGCGCGUCAUUACCUUCUUUAUGGAAGUACCAUCUGAAGAGUGUACGGAUGCUUUGAAACACACAGUAUGAAGAGUACUGUUUUACCUUUAUAAACCCCUACAUUUACAUUCAUUUAGCAACACAUUUUCGGAUUCUACAUGUAUUCUCAAAAUGAGGCGGGAUUGAAGAGGUGCACUUUUGUUCCCCAUUGGAACGCUGUCUGUGACACCUUCCAGAAGUGUUCAUUUACAGGUGAAUAUUCAGGGUUUCUGGCAAGACAAAGUUGUCCGUUGUGACCAAAAAAUAAAUGUGUGUUGACGCUGAUGAGGAGACUACAGGGAGCUUGUAUUCCUGCUGAUGAAGAGACUACAGGGAGCUUGUAUUCCUGCUGAUGAGGAGACUACAGGGAGCUUGUAUUCCUGUUGAUGAGGAGACUACAGGGAGCUUGUAUUCCUGUUGAUGAGGAGACUACAGGGAGCUUGUAUUCCUGUGAUGAGGAGACUA